AUGGCUAUCAUCGCGUUCGCUCAAGCAUUCCAGUUACUGCUUGUGAUUGGCCUGCUCUGCUCCUUGACAGACUCCAAGACUCUAGUUUCGCAUCCAAGGCGGCAUGCUGUAACGAGCAUACAGACUCUGUCACGGCGGCAAAAUGCUACCGCUGAUUUCUACCCGAUCCUAGGUGUCGUUGGAUUAGGCAUCAAUACCACAUAUGCUCGAUUGGAGAUCCGUGAGCUACAGCGGAAACCAGACUUGUUCAACGUCUACCUACUUGGUCUUCAGCGCUGGCAAAACACCAGCCAGGAUGAUAAGCUCUCCUACUUCCAAGUCGCUGGUAUUCACGGUCGGCCUUUCUCGCCCUGGGAUGGAGUCCCUGGCCGCACACAGCCUCCUGAGGGCUACAAGGAGGGUUAUUGCCACCAUAGCAGUAAUCUCUUCCCGACUUGGCAUCGACCUUUCCUGGCUCUGGUCGAGGAACGCGUCCACCAUCAUGCCAGUGAAGUCAUUGCCGAGUUUCCUGAGGGAGAUCUGAAAACGCGCAUGACUUCUGCAUUACCAGCACUCAGAUUACCGUAUUGGGACGCAGCUGCUGUACCCCCAAUCGGCACAGGAUCGUAUCCUUGGAGUGUGCAGAGAAAGACAAUCGAGGUCGAACUGCCGGAUGGAAGUGGUUCAGUAAAGACAACGAUAUCUAACCCCCUUUACUCGUACACUUUCCAUCCGCUCCCAGGCAAGGAUAUGUUCGGAAAACUGCCUUGGACACAGUGGCACACGACGAUUCGUUAUCCGUCGGAUCGCACUGCUGCCGCGCAAAGCCAGGACUCGAAGAUUGCGUCGCAGCUGGAUCUGAACUUGGUAAAUCUCCGGCAGCGAACAUACCAGAUGAUGGCCAUGCAGAAGGACUACCACAACAUCAGCAACAACAUGGUUUCCCUUGGCGGCGUGCUUGACAGUCUCGAAUCCGUUCACGAUACAAUACACAAUACAGUAGGUAGCUCAGGGCCAGGCCAUAUGACGAAUGCCGCCUACUCAGCCUUCGAUCCGAUCUUCUGGCUGUUACACGCGAAUGUUGACCGUAUGACUACGAUCUGGCAAGCGCUGAACCCUGAUAGCUGGGUGACGAACCACUCGAAUCCUACGGCGACAUUCACGUCCGAAGCUGGAGCCUACGCAGACGAAAACACGCCUCUGCAUCCUUUCCACCGCAAUCAAGCAGGGGACUUUUGGACGUCGGCCAGUGUCAGAGACCACACCAUCUUCGGCUACACAUAUCCGGAGCUCAUUGGGUUGUCCGGGAAUGUCACGCUCGUGAGGAGAGUCAACCAGUUGUACGGUGACAACGCAACUUCGCAGUUCUCGUGGAAGAUAGGCGAUGGCGCGCCUCUGCCAGCUCCGGGCACUGAAUACCUACACCAUGAACGCCGCUCCGUCAGCAGUCCGCAGAGAGGGAAAUACCAACACCAGUACUUUGCCAACAUCCGCGUGCAGAAGUCGGAGUCAGAGGGCGGCUUCAAGGUGUUUGUGUUUGUGGGACCUACGCUUGUGUCCAACACUGGGUCAACAUACGAUGCAACCGCAUGGAUGCGAGACCCUAGCUUUGUAGGCUUCACGGGGUUCCAGAGCACAAACGGACGCGGCGGUGGCUACCUUGUCAACGCAGCUAUAAAACAUGAUGCCAAUGGUGUGGUAGCGUUGACGAGGGCGCUGGAAGAUCGUGUGUGGACAGAGCAGUUAUCAAGUCUUGACGAGGAUGCCGUGGGGCAGUAUCUGCACGACAAUAUGAGCUGGAGGAUCACAACGGCUGAGCACCGAAUCAUCGCACCAGAGGAUACACCUGGAUUCGAGAUUGACGUGUCGUAUGCAAGGAUCAAGCCUCCGACGGCUGACUCGUUUCCUGAGAUGCAAGACGGUGGCUAUAAGCAUCUGGUGCGAGCUACGAGUGGAAGGGCGGGAGGGGUUCAGGACGGUUGA